AAUUCGGAUUCAUCCGAACCAGGAGGACGUGUCCGCCAUGACACACGACCGGUGUCAGGACACCGUCAUGCUGUGCAUGGAAGUCCACAAGGAGCUGCAGGCAGACUGUCCGACUGAGGGUGAGUUAGUGACCAGUUUGAAUGUCGAGCCCCGCACACUCGGAGCCGAAUGCCUGGUGACGGUACGCGCUGAGUUAGCAGUCUUAAGCGACUCUCCGAUGAAAGCGGACACGUCGUCGCCGUUGGAAACUGCGGUGGCUCGGAUGAAUCCGAAUCAGGGCCCUGUGAGCAUGUCCCUCCCUGGUGCAGCUUUGGAGACGACCGUAAUUCGGAUUCAUCCGGGACAAACGGACGAAGGACUUGGCGGUUGUCGACUUCUAACGACUUUGGACAAGGACGAUUCCACCGACGACCGGAUUGAUCCGACACUCGGCGACGUCGGGAUGGAGCAACCAGUUCAGCUGGCAUACGAUGACCCCUUGUACUCCGGCCUUCACGACGAGGCGAUGGGAGAGGACGUUCUGGAGAAGUCCUCUGACGCUGUUGGAGAUAGAUUUCUCUAUUUGAGUGACGACGAUAAAGACACAGCGCACGAGGACAAGAAGUUAAGGGGGGGAGAGGUGUUGUUGGACAUCCAUGGGACCUUGAGCACAACACAAUGCGACACAGUGGCGACGGAGGAAACCCAACCUGUCAAUGUUGUGGACGUCGACGGUCUUUGUCCGGAGACGAACAAACUAAAAUUGCCCGUCGCGGACGUGGAGGAUUUUCGCCAUCGGGAUGGGGAUGAAUUCAUGCCGUCGCCGGUCAUCGACCCCGACAUCUCGAACCUGUCAAGUUUCCCUAUGAGUUUGGAGCACGUCGUCGCCGCAUCAACGCGCACGGGGGCGCCAAUCGUGCUGGGACUGCCAUCGGUGGGCUCUGGUGACGUUGAAGCUAAGCCUGGGUUUCCUCGAGAUGCAAGAGCAGUCCUUGAAGACGUUAUCUGCUCCCGGUUGCCGCUCACUAUGAUCGUCGCGCGUUUGCCGUCGCACAAUUUACAGGUUUCCGUCAAGGACAUCGUCGCACUCGUGGAUGGAUCCGGGGAGUUCAACGAUGAGGUCGUCAAUUUCUACAUGGCGAUGCUACUGGACGAUUGCGGUAGGACUGCGGCUACCAAGAAGACGUACACCUUUAACUCUUUCUUCGCCUCUACAUUGCUUCUGUGAGGUCCAGCAGCUGUUUGCAGAUGUGCUAAAGAUGUGGACCUCCUGUCUCAUGACCUCGU